CCGAUGCGGUUACCUGUUAGAUCUACCUUGGCUGCUUUUCUUGUUUCAAUUGUUUUACAUAAAAUAUCCAGACAAUAAUGGCAGAUGCCGCCAAGGAUACAGAGACUACAGAUGAAGGAUCAGAGUUAUCUGUUGUUGCAGCCAACUGCCAAAAAGCGGCAGCCCAGCCCAACGUUAUACCCGGCGAAAAACUGAGUUCCAUAGAAGAAAUAGUGCAAAAUGACCCAGACUGCUACGAAUUGGAUUUAAAUCAUCAUCGUAUUGAAAAACUCGAGCAUUUGGAACCAUUGAAGAACAUUGAGCGUUUGGGUUUCCGUUGGAAUUUAAUUAAGAAGAUUGAAAAUCUGGAUACAUUAACAACACUCGUUGAAUUGGAGUUUUACGACAAUCAAUUGACAAAAAUUGAGAAUCUUGAUGCUUUGGUCAAUCUGCAGAUACUGGACCUAAGCUUUAAUCGCAUAACAAAAAUUGAAAAUUUGGAUAAAUUAACUAAACUGGAGAAAUUGUUUUUGGUUGCCAAUAAAAUCAGCCAAAUCGAAAACAUUGAAAUGUUGACAAAUCUGAAUAUGCUUGAGCUGGGAGACAAUAAAAUUAGGCGCAUUGAAAAUCUCGAUGCCCUGGUAAAUUUACGUCAAUUAUUUUUGGGUAAAAACAAAAUAGCCAAAAUUGAAAACCUUGAUAAACUAACAAAUUUGGAAAUUCUGAGUCUUCAAGCGAACCGUAUUGUAAAAAUUGAAAACUUGGAAAAGCUGGAAAAUUUAUCAGAAUUGUAUCUUUCCGAGAAUGGUGUAGAGAAGAUCGAAAAUUUAGAAUCCAAUAAACAAUUGGACACAUUGGAUUUGGCCAAAAAUCGUUUAAAGACCAUUGACAACAUAUCGUGUUUGGAGCAAUUGGAAGAACUGUGGGUGAACGACAACGCCAUAGAUGAUUGGAAAAAUGUGGAAAUCCUGAAAGAAAACAAAUCAUUGAAAACGGUAUAUUUGGAACACAAUCCCAUAGCUAAGGAUGUCAUGUACCGGCCUAAGUUGAAAGAUAUUGCGCAAUGGCUACAAAAAAUUGACGCAACAUUGUGCCGAUAAAUAACGCUAACAGAGCUACAUAUUUCGUCAUUUUUCAUUAUCUAUAAACAAUGUUUGUUCAUCCAUACAUCAUAGGUUCUCAAAAGAAUUAAAAUAAAAUGAAUGUUAAUUGUGAUUUUGUUGUUUUCACGUAUUUGACAUUAAUAAAUGGAUAUAACAAUAAAAAUACAA